GCCACAGACCCAAGCAUGUCGGAACAGGAUUGGCCAGCUACCCAGAAUUUCUGUGAGCAGGUGAACACCGACCCCAAUGGCCCCACACAUGCGCCCUGGCUACUGGCCCACAAGAUCCGGUCUCCGCAAGAGAAGGAAGCUCUUUAUGCCUUAACGGUGCUGGAGAUGUGCAUGAACCACUGUGGGGAGAAGUUCCACAGCGAGGUGGCCAAAUUUCGUUUCCUGAACGAACUGAUCAAAGUGUUGUCCCCAAAGUACCUGGGGUCCUGGGCCACAGAAAAAGUGAAAGGAAGAGUCAUUGAAAUACUCUUUAGUUGGACAGUCUGGUUUCCAGAAGACAUCAAGAUCCGAGACGCCUAUCAGAUGCUGAAGAAACAAGGAAUUAUAAAACAAGACCCUAAACUACCAGUGGAUAAAAUCUUACCCCCACCAUCUCCCUGGCCCAAGAGCUCCAUCUUUGAUGCUGAUGAAGAAAAGUCCAAGCUUCUGACAAGGCUUCUAAAGAGCAACCACCCCGAGGACCUUCAGGCCGCAAACCGGUUAAUCAAGAAUUUGGUCAAGGAGGAACAAGAAAAAGCAGAGAAGGUGUCCAAGAGGGUCAGUGCGGUGGAGGAAGUGCGAAGCCAUGUGAAGGUGCUGCAGGAGAUGCUGAGCAUGUACCGCAGGCCAGGGCAGGCCCCGCCCAACCAGGAGGCCCUGCAGGUCGUGUAUGAGAGGUGUGAAAAGCUGCGGCCCAUGCUGUUCCGGCUGGCGAGUGACACCACUGAUGACGAUGAUGCACUCGCGGAAAUUCUCCAGGCAAAUGACCUCCUCACCCAAGGAGUUCUGCUGUACAAACAGGUGAUGGAGGGCCGGGUCACCUUUGGAAACAGAGUGACCAGGUCAUUGGGAGACAUCCCUGUCUCCAGAGUCUUUCAGAAUCCAGCAGGCUGCAUGAAGACCUGCCCCCUGAUUGACUUGGAGGUGGACAAUGGACCUGCGCAGGCGGGGACUGUGGUGCCAUCUUUGCUUCAUCAGGACCUGGCAGCCUUGGGAAUCAGUGAUGCUCCUGUUACGGGUUCUGGUCAGAAUUGCUGUGAGGAAAAGAGGAAUCCCUCCCUCAUGCUGCCAGGCGGUGACGUUCAGAACCCUUCUGCAGACAGGAAUUUGCUGGACCUCCUCUCACCACAGCCAGCUCUGGGCCCUCUGAAUUAUGUUUCGCAGAAAAGUGUCCCCAAGGAAGUGCCACCAGGUACUAAGUCCUCUCCAGGUUGGUCCUGGGAGGCUGGCCCGUUGGCUCCUUCCCCAUCUUCACAGAAUACACCUCUGGCUCAAGUGUUUGUCCCUUUGGAGUCUGUUAAGCCCAGCAGCCUGCCGCCUCUCAUUGUGUAUGACCGGAAUGGAUUCAGAAUUCUGCUCCACUUCUCCCAGACGGGAGCCCCUGGGCACCCAGAGGUACAGGUGCUGCUCUUGACCAUGAUGAGCACGGCUCCCCAGCCUGUCUGGGAUAUCAUGUUUCAAGUGGCUGUGCCAAAGUCAAUGAGAGUGAAGCUGCAGCCGGCAUCCAGCUCCAAGCUUCCUGCAUUCAGUCCUUUGAUGCCUCCAGCUGUGAUAUCUCAGAUGCUGCUGCUUGACAGUCCACACAAAGAACCUAUCCGCUUACGCAUUUACUUGGAGCUCUUUGUGACACACCAUGUCAGUCAUGGUGAAUCGGCCAACAGCAAGCCCUUGCCAGUUGAUGUCACAGUCUAAGAUGGGAAACUGUGGUACAGAUAGACGUGAAGAGAGCUUAGCAGUGAUUGAGGUGGUGACUAAAUAUACAGUCAUUGAAUAAAUACCAUGUAGCAAAUGUACUUUGUGGAGUGUUGAGUAAGUGGAAAAUGGAAAGCCAGUUGCAUUUAGAGAUGAUAGGCCUAAAGGGAACUGUCUUCUGUCGAGAAGUAAAGGAAACUUCAUGAAGGAUGUAGAAGCUUAGCUGCCUCAGUGAAGAGAGAACCUGAAGAUCUGAGGCAAGCUGGACAGGAGAGGUGGAUAUUUGUUGAUGGAAGAAUUCAAGUUUAUAAUCAAUUCCCACUUAGCACCUACUGUGUGCUAGGAACUUGAAUGUGUAUGUUUGACAAGUCCUGCUUGGCCUGAUCUGUGGGAGAAGGAAUCUGAGCCUGGCUGAGAUGGCCAGGCGGAGGGCUUUGAAGUCCAAGCAGCUGAACUGGCUGGGUGGGUUUCUACCUCCGAAACUGCAAGACUUGUUUGGAGCUCUUAAUUACAAUAUCUGAUAUUUUUACAGUCUGAUCUUUUGACUUCUACAUAUAGUGGAAAUCUGCCAAUACUAAUUGGUGGAGAUGGGAACUAUAAAAGAUCAAGUAUGCUAAUUUUAAGCAAAUGUAAAAACUCAUAAAACAGAUAAACAGUGGGGUGAUUUCAUUUGCCAUAAUUCACAUAAGACGAAUUUUAAUCUAAAAGUACUUUCUUGCUUGUGUUCUGUGUGGCUUUUUGUUUUUUGUUUUUUGAGGCCAAAUCUCACUCUCACUCAGGCUGGAGUACGGUGGUAUAAUCUCAGCUCACUGCAAUCUCUGCCUACCAGGUUCAAGCUAUUCUCGUGCCUCAGCCUCCCGAGUAGCUGGGACUACAGGCGUGAGCCAGCACGCCCAGCUAAUUUUUGUAUUUUUAGUAGAGACAGGAUUUCACCAUGUUGGCCAGGCUGGUCUCGAACUCCCGACCUCAGGUGAUCCGCCUGCCCCAGCCUCCCAGAGUGCUGGGAUUACAGGCGUGAGCCACCGCACCCGGCCUCUGUGUAGCUUUUAUAGACUCUGUUGCUGUUGCAUAGUCUUGAAGAGGUACCCAUCAUAAUGACAGCAUCUCCCUCUGAAGGGUUUUGGUCAAAAUGAGUGAAUGAGACUUAUACAUAAAGACAGGUUUUCUCCCCUAUAGUUAAGAGGUGAACUCACACGUGUGUACCUGAACAUUCUUGCUUUUGAGGAGACAGACUUCCAAUGGUACUACUAUACUUAGGUGUUGGACAGGAUAAAGGUACAAGGAGAGGAGGCAGGCUGCUGUCCUGAAAGUGGCUGUGGUUUAUGGCAUCACUCCCUUCUAAUCAGCAAGUCCAGUGGCCACUUACAGCCCAGCUCCUACCUCUUCAUUCACUCAACAAGUAGUUAUUGGCUGUGCACAGUGGCUCACGUCUAUAAUCCCAGCAUUUUGGGAGGCUGAGUGGGAUGAUCGCUUGAGCCCAGGAUUUCAAGUCCAGCCUGGGCUACAUAGUGAGACCUCGUCUCUGUUUUUUUAAAAGCUAGUUGUUGACCAGCUACCCUGAGCCAGGCACCACGCUGAAGGAGCUUCUGUUCCUCUGGGGAGAAGCAAAUUCAUGAUGUGUGUGCUGGAGAUCUGGCACUCAUGGCCAGUGCUUUCCAGUAUCUUCAACUCCUCGGGGGUCCUGUUGACCCCUAUUUCGUGACCUACCUCCGUGACUGCUCUUUUUCCUCUGUCUCUUAAGUGUGGUGGUUUUCCAGAGUCCAAUCCUCAGGACUUUCCCAUCCACACAGAGGCCUGGUAGUCAGGCGGCUCUAAACCAUUAGGUGGAUUGUAGACCUCUCUCAAGCUACCACCUCCUUGCUGUCCCCAGAUCGUAUUCAGUCUGUCAGGAGUUAUCUGUAUCUGGAGGUUCCACUGCUGCGUCAGUCUCAGUUACUUAGAAUGGAACCCAGAGUCCUGCCCCUUUCCACCUACAUGGUCUUACUUGAAAGUACCUGAGACUUAUUGGGUCCCUGAUUCCUGCUUCGUCUGUAUCCGUGGAGUAGUUGCAUGUCAUUUGGCCUGUUUUCUAAAUAAUCCCACAUCAUGUCCUCCCUGCACUUACAUUGCCACUGCUCUGAUUUGGGCUUUUUUUGGGGGGGGCGGGGGACAAUGCCUCUGUCCCAAUUCUGAGUACCAGCUCUGGUUCUUGCCACUACCAGAGUUCUCUGGCAAAUCUGAGCAUCUGACCGGGUGAAAAAUUCUAAAUGGCUUCCUGAUGCCUAACUUUAUGGGAUCAAAUUCAAGUUGCACACUGGCACUCAGUGCCCUUCUGCUAUCAUCUGCCAAGACCAGGGCCUGCUUCACCACAGCCACAAUAAAGUCCUUUCAAGCCCUGAUAA